CCCUUGCUUCCGGUUAUGCCUCCUUUUCGGCAGCGGCUAUUUCCUCGCCAACAUGCCACUCGCAAAAGACUUGUUGCACCCAACCCCGGAGGAGGAAAAGAGGAGGCACAAGAAGAAGCGCCUUGUUCAGAGUCCUAACUCUUACUUUAUGGAUGUCAAAUGUCCAGGUUGCUACAAGAUCACGACAGUGUUCAGCCACGCACAGACAGUCGUGCUGUGCGUUGGAUGCUCGACAGUCCUGUGUCAGCCCACCGGAGGCAAAGCCCGUCUCACAGAGGGGUGCUCUUUCAGGAGGAAGCAGCACUAAAAUGUUCUUUCCGGAGCUGAGAGAGAGGAGAGGAUGGAUGGGUUGUCAGCGGUGGCACCGGCAGAUCAGCCUAAGAUGUGGAAAAUGGGCGCAAGGUGACUUCACAGUCCACGCUUGGAAUAUCGCUGUAACUCCUCCAUCCUUACCUUUCUCAAUAAAAUGUUGUUUUGGCUAAA